AAGUUUCAGAUCAGCUGUACCAAAAUGAGUUUUUCGCGCUCAAUGGACUUCGCGAGCUUUUUUCGUCGAGGGUUCAGCACCUCGACAACGACGCGAUCUGGAGUGAAAACCGGUCUUCUUAUGUUGAAUAUGGGUGGGCCGCAAAACGCUGCUGAGGUUCAUCCAUUUCUUUUGCGACUCUUCUCUGACCGGGAGAUUAUCAAACUUCCUGUUCAGUCAGUUUUGGGACCGUGGAUUGCCAAACGACGAGCGCCGUCAAUUGCGCAAAAAUACGCUGAAAUCGGCGGUGGUUCGCCGAUUCUUCAGUGGACCGACAAGCAGGGAAAAUUGCUGUGCGAUAAGCUGGACAAAAUCUGUCCUGAAUCUGGGCCACACAAGCACUACGUGGGAUUCCGAUACACUCCUCCAUUGACGGAGCAUGCGUUGGACGCCAUGAUCGCGGACGGUAUUGAACACGCUGUAGCUUUCAGUCAAUACCCUCAAUACAGUUGCGCAACUUCAGGGUCCUCCUUCAACGCGAUUUAUAACUACAUGAAAAAUAAAACUGACGGUAAGAUGAAGUGGAGCUUGAUCGACCGAUGGGGAACGAACAGAUUUCUCGCGAAAACGUUUGCAACGUUGAUUCGGGGAGAACUGGAGAAAUGUGAUGAAGUCACGAGGAAGAAUAUUGUUUUGCUUUUUACUGCGCAUUCUUUGCCCAUGAAGGCUGUGGAAAGAGGUGAUCCCUAUCCUGCUGAGGUUGGAGCCACGGUUCAGCUUGUUAUGGAAGAGCUCAAAUUCGCAUACCCGUAUCGGUUGGUGUGGCAGUCAAAGGUUGGCCCCUUGCCUUGGCUCUCGCCAGCAACAGAUGCAGCUAUUGAAAGCUACGUGAAGCGAGGAAAGAAGCACCUGAUGCUCAUUCCGAUCGCAUUCACUUCGGAGCACAUUGAAACCCUUCACGAAUUGGAUAUUGAGUACAAAGAACUAGCUGAGAAGGCUGGUGUGGAGAAGCUGCUGCGGUGUCCUGCUCCGAAUGACAAUUCGGUGUUCAUUGAUGCUUUAGUGGACGUUGUGGGGAAGCAUUUGGGUGAGAAACGCGCAGUACCUCCUCAGUACUUGCUUAGGUGUCCUAUGUGUGAGAAUCAGACGUGUGGUGAGGCCAGGGCCUUUUACAAGAAGAACGCCUUUGAAUUCGCCUAAAUGUGAAGGAAACGUUGUUUUUUUUCUUUCGCUAAUCUAUUGAAAAACCAGGGUCGAAUCAACGAAGUUGCAGCUUUUUUCUUCUAUAGACUUUCAAAUUGAGUUUAUGAUCAGAAAGUUGAAUGAUUCUAAAAUGGCGAAUGCUCAAAACAGCGAAAGUUUGAAAAAGAGGCUGACAAAAUAAUGCCUUUUGUUUUAGUCUUUCAGUCCUGAUUAUGUCGAAAUUGGAGCCGAUUGUUUUUUCUGGAUUGUUUGCCGUGAAAAGAAUCUUUCCAGGCGUGGACUUUGCAUUCCUUAUUCGAAUCAGCUUUGUGCCUUUCGGAGGUAUUUGAAUCUUAUGGUGAUGGCUUUUGUGUUUUACUUCGUGUGUGAAUUGUACUUGGGAGGGAAUUCCAAGGUGCUGAUGAUUUGGAUCUUGCCUCGUUGUUAAGGUUGGAGUUUGAUGACUAAAAUAAUUACGGUGUUUCUUCUUGUC